AUGCGCGCUCCCCCGAUGCUCGUGCCGAAGCGCAUCAAUUACGUGGCUCCGAUGCUCGCCUCCGCCCUCAUCCUGCUCCUCCUCCUCUCCGGCUACUUCGAGCUCCCCUCUAUAACCUCCUCCCUCUCCACCCAGUUCUCCCCCACCGUCCCCGCAGCCGGCGCCACUGGGAGCCGCCGCUUCGGGACAGCGCUCGACUCCGUCGGCUCCCGCGAGCGGUCGGCUUUUACGUCCACCCUCGCCGCGUUCAGCGCUUGGGACGCCGCCGUCGGGUGCCCCCGCAUCCGCGCCAAGAUCGGCGCCGCUAACGCGACGACGCCCUCUGCCAUGGCUUCCAUCACCGGAGGAGCGGGGUGGGGAGGCGCGAGGUGCGAGGAGAUGAAGACGCGGCACGUGGGGGUGUUCGUCAAGGGGUGGACGUGGAUCCCCGACUCGCUCGACGGUGUGUACACAUGCCGUUGUGGAGUGAGCUGCGUGUGGAGCAAGGCCGCCGCAGUCGUCGACCGCCCCGAUGCGCUGCUCUUCGAGGGCGCUACGCCGCCACUGCAGAGAAUGAAAGGUCUGCCUCUUCGUGUUUAUCUGGACCUGGAGGCUAGUAGGAAACCAACUGGUUUUGAGGACAUUUUUAUAGGUUACCAUGCUAAUGAUGAUUUACAAGUAACAUAUGCUGGAAAAUCUUUCCACACUAGCCGGAGUUACCAUGUAUCCACAGAAAAGACAAAUGAUGCACUUAUCUAUUGGUCAUCUUCAAGGUGUCUUCCUCACAGAGACAAGCUUGCAGAAGAUUUCCUCUCAUUGGUGCCACACCAUUCCUUCGGAAAAUGUUUGAAUAAUGUUGGUGGUCCUGACAUGGCACUAUCCAUGUAUCCGGUUUGCUCAAACAAUGGCAAUGGAUCACCACACUGGUGGGAUCACCUACACUGUGCAAUGUCACAUUACAAGUUUGUUCUUGCAAUCGAGAACACCAAGACAGAAAGUUAUGUGACAGAGAAGCUGUUCUAUGCGUUGGAGGCUGGGUCAGUGCCAAUAUACUUUGGUGCACCCAAUGUCUGGGAUUUCAUUCCUCCCAAUUCCGCAAUUGAUGCCUCCAAAUUCAGCUCUCUUAAAGAACUGGCAUCAUAUGUGAAAGCACUUGCGAAUGAUCCGGUAGCGUAUGCAGAAUACCAUGCAUGGAGGCGAUGUGGUGUUCUCGGCAACUUCGGCAGGACACGUGAAAUGAGCCUUGAUACACUGCCUUGCCGACUCUGCGAACUAGUUAGCAAGAGAGGUGAUAACAUUGUGUCUUACAUAUACUUUGAUUCAAUGAGAACGGAAUGA